AUGUUCAGGAAGAUGGGAGGAUUGUUGGAACGAUUCGACCGAUGUGGUGGUGUGCAGCGUGAUGGUCUCGCACUACUCAGUUCAAUCCUCAUGCCUGGCACAAACCGCAAAACUGGUCCAAACGCUCAGCUUCCAAAUGGCUUUGCCGGUGUCGGUGGCGUUCGGCCCUCUGACGACGAUCCGCGAAAGCGUAUGAAGGCCCACGAUACUGAGCUUGUCUCGGUCUAUGAUACUGACUUUAUUUCGGUCCACGACAUCAGUCUUGUCUGA